AUGCGUGUCUUUUCUUCCCUCCAGUUGUUAUCCUUAGCUUUCGGUGUCAGCGCCAUCGAACAACGAGAUGCCACGUUGGCAUACAAUCAACUGCAGACAUGGUACAACCAGUCCAUAGGACUGUGGAUCCCAAGCACAGGCUGGUGGAACUCGGCCAACUGUCUAACGGUUGUUGCCAAUCUAGCAACCACCGAUGCGGCUGUUGCUGGCAAAGCAGAGGCCGUGUACGACAACACGUUCUACAAGGCUCAAGAAUAUAAUCUGCAAAUGCAGAAGACAGACGAGGCGCCGAUGUACCUCGUGCAGUCACACCAUGGUGCCCACUUGCCAAAGCAUAAGACCACCGGCUUCUUGAAUGAUUACUACGACGACGAAGGGUGGUGGGCGCUGGCCUGGAUCGCCGUUUACGAUGUAACGGGCGACAGGAAGUACCUGCGGACAGCUGAAUCCAUCUUCGAGGACAUGGCCAAGGCGUACGGCACAACACCAUGCGGCGGGCUCUGGUGGAGCAAAGAGCGGACGUACGUGAAUGCUAUCGCCAACGAGCUCUUUCUCGAUGUCGCGGCACAUCUAGCCAACCGCGCGGGAGCGAAGAGUGACUAUUACCUCGACUACGCCAAGAGGGAAUGGUCCUGGUUCAAACGCUCCGGCAUGAUCAACUCGCAAAACCUCAUCAACGAUGGCCUGGACAAUGCGACCUGCGAGAACAAUGGAGGAACGGUCUGGUCGUACAACCAGGGCGUCGUCCUUGGUGGGCUGACAGAGUUGAGCCGUGCGACAGAUGAUGCGAGAUAUGUUACGAAGGCCAAAAUCAUUGCUGAUGCAGCCAUUGCGAAUCUCACGGACUCGAAUGGAAUCCUCCACGAUGUGUGCGAGCCAGACUGCGGCGCUGACGGCAGCCAGUUCAAGGGUGUCUUUGCCCGGAACCUGCAGAUCUUGCAACAGUACAGCCCGGAGACCCGGUAUGCGACGUUCCUUGAGCACAAUGCUGAUAGCAUCUGGAAGUAUGACCGCAGCAGACGUGGUAACAAGCUGAGCUUGAUCUGGUCUGGCCCGUUCAUCAAGCCUGCGAAUGCGUCGACACAGUCAUCUGCAAUGGAUGCGCUGAUAGCAGCUUUGGCGACAUGA